CUGAAAGAAAGAUCGAAAUUUCCUACUAUAUUCUUCUCUGAUAAAUAACAAACAUUCUUGAAUAAAUCAUUGUUGCAUUUGUGGUUGUCGUCAAUGGCUUUGCAGAUCAAGAAACGUUGGCCUAAUGACAUUAUUUCAGAGGUUCAAUCUGAAUCUUUAAACUAAAAAAUCAAGAGAUGAAAGUCAACACAGCUUUCUUCAUAUCCAUCAACCUGAUUACAGCUGCUCUCGAAGUAAUAAAGGCUUCGCCUGACAACAGUAAUUGUACAUUCACCAACGAUGUUAUUAUUUGUAAUAGCAUCACGAGUUGGGCAGAGGACAUGAAAACCAUUUUUAAAGGAAUAACAGACAACAGUUUCAAGGUGCUUAAACUGCUGGCGUUAAACCUGUCAAGCUUCGACAUAAGCCCCUUCGGUGGCCUUCCAGUGAGUAGUUUAGAAAUCGAAAACUGCAAACUUGAUCAACUGACAGAUGGAGGGCAGUCAGGGAUUAAAAGCAACCUACGUGAGCUCAAAAUAGAAUCCAGCAUCAACGCUGCGGAAGUAGGAUUCAGACUGGAAUUGGACAGUCUGCUUCAUUUAAAGAAGUUGAAUCUGACCAGCAACGUAAUACCAUAUCUUAAUAGAACCUGGUUCCAGAAUGCUCUCAUUUCACUUCAAUAUCUGUUCUUGGAGAGAAAUGGCAUAGAAAUGCUUGAAGAGAGAGUUUUUGAAAGCUUCAACGAACUGAGAUCGAUAAGUCUACAAGAAAAUGCCAUCAAACACCUUAAGCGUGAUAUGCUUCCAAACCCAGGAUUUAAUUUGAAGACACUAGCUUUCGGGAAGAACAAGCUUAGCUCUCUACCAUCUGAAUUAUUUUCUGGUAUGUCAUCCUUGACUUCCGUGGACUUCCGCAGCAACAGGAUAAAAAACCUACAGGAAAGUGUAUGGAUGCCGAUCUGGACACAGCUGCGAACUCUGGUCAUUAGCAAAAAUCCUAUAAUAUGCGACAGUUACACCGAAUGGAUGUUCCGAAUGGCACCCCCUCAUCAUUUGAUAGGUAGCUGCUACUCUUUGGAGAAGGGAAGAAACAUUUCACUGAAAAACCUGAUUGACGAAAAGCGCAAUUGCUCAAUUGUUAGUUGCACAGUUCAAUUAUAAAAAUAAAAUAUGAAAAUUAUAAUAAAACAAUCAUUAAUAUCUGUUCUGCGAA